AUGACCAGAUCUCGCGAGGAAUACGCCGAUGAACGAGCACCAUUGCUUGUUACACAUCAGGCGAGUUACACCGCACCAAGAGAGCCAAACUCCGAGGUGGCCGCGAAAGCAUCAUGGCUUCAUCCUUCGCAAAGGCAACCCAUCGCUCUACUUUUAUCGAUAAUCUUGACUGCAUUCGUCAUUGCUGGCGCUUUGCUCACUUCCAUUACUCUUCGAGACGGAAAGGAGCACAAUGGACCCCCACCGCCAAUAGUCACCCUCACUUACACCAGCUACGAGGGCAUACGUCUCUCCAAUGGCGUCAAUGCUUUCCUAGGGAUGCGUUAUGCUGCCCCUCCGCUUGGAGAUCUACGCUGGCGAGCACCAGUUGAGCCAAAGAGAACCGACACCGUCGAGAAGGCUGACCAGUUCGGCCCCAUAUGUCUCGGAGCUGGUGUCAGUGCACCUUUUCCUGGUCAGGACGAGGACUGUCUUUUUGUGAACGUGUGGGCUCCGGCAAAUGCUACGGAAAAGUCGAAGUUACCUGUUUGGGAUUUUAUUGGGGGAGGCGGUUACAAUGCCCUCACUAAUGCUAAUUGGAACGGAAGUGAGGUCGUUGAGAAGUCCGGCCACAACAUCGUCAUGCUAGACUUCAACUAUCGGGUUGGGAUGUGGGGAUUCCUCGCCAGCCAGAGGGUGAAAGAUGACGGUGACUUGAAUGUCGGCCUGCUCGACCAGCGGAUGCUGCUUACUUGGGUAAAGAAACAUAUAUCCACGUUUGGCGGAGACCCCGACCAUGUAGUCAUCCACGGUGCAUCCGCAGGAGCAGGCUCUGUGGUGAUGCAUCUAUUGGCAUAUGGCGGCCGUAACGACAACCUCUUCGUGGGUGCCAUGUCCGAGUCGCUCUUCUUCCCAGCACAGCCGUAUGUGCGAGAGCUUGAAUACCAGUUCGACCGAUUAGCACAGCAGGUUGGCUGUUCCGGAGUCACUCCGGAAGAGCAACUCACUUGUUUACGGACCCAGGACGUCACCUCGUUGCAAGCAGCUAAUCACGCCCAACAUUUCCCGGGCCGUGAUGGUCCACUCCUACCGAUUUUCUACUGGACUCCAUGCGUGGACGGUGACUUCUUGCAAGACCUCCCUUACCGGCUUAUUCAAAGGGGUCGUCUCUUGAAUGUUCCGAUUUUUUUCGGUACCAACACGGAUGAAGGAUCAGUCUUCGCCUACAACUCCCUCACGCCCUCCGACCUAACCUCCUUCUUCACCACCAACUACCCCCAUCUCACCCCCUCCGACACGCGCCAGAUCCUCUCCCUCUACCCACAACUGCCUCCCUUACCGAACCGCAAUCCCUGGUAUCCAACCACCAGCCUCGCCUACGGGGAAGCCACGUUCAUCUGUCCCUCCAAUAACUUUCUCGACGCUUUCGUUUCAUUUUCUUCAUAUUCCAACAAGAACCAAACAGAAAGAACCAACAAAGUCUUCGCCUACCGCUUCAACGUCCACGACUUUACCCUCCAGGCCGCCGGCCUCGGCGUCCCCCACCUCUUCGACGCGGCCGCCAUUUUUGGGCCGGACAACAUCAGCGGGUUCGGGGCCGGGUCCGGGAGUUCUUACAAGACGUAUAACGCACCAAUCGUGAACAUGUUCAUGGCGUACUGGAUUAGCUUUGUGAGGACGUUGGAUCCGAAUACGUUCAGGGAGGGGGGCAGUGCUGAGUGGGGGAGUUGGGAGUCUCGUGGUGAGGAGAACAGAAGUCGGAAGAAGAGGAAGAGGUUGCUGGUGGAAUUGGGAAAUACGAGGAUGGAGGAGGUGGGGGAUGGGGAGAGGGAUAGAUGUCGGUUUUGGGAGACGUUGGGGGAUCGGCUGGAGCAGCUUCGAGGGGUAUCAUGA